CGCUCGCCCCGCCUCCGUCAACGUCUGGGCACGUCCCCCUGGUGGCGCGGGCCACGCACCGCCGUGCAUUUAACCUCUGCCCGCCCGGCGCGAAUGUGAGUCGCUGCCCGGGCGGUGCGGGGCGGCUCGCACUCCUGGCGGCGGGCAGCGGCGGCGGGAGCCCCGGCCUGCAGCCCCGGCCGGGCUGACGAUGACUUGCUACCGAGGCUUCCUGCUAGGCAGCUGUCGGCGCGUGGCGGGCGGCCGGGCGGCGGCGCUGAGGGGGCCGGGCACGCCGGGAGGCCCCGCGGCGCGGCCGCGGCUCGGCGGCGAAGGUGGCAGCGGCGGGCGGCACCUGGGGCAGGGGCAGCCGCGCGAGCUGGCGGGCCGUGGCAGCCGCCCCGACGGCGGCUUCCGCCCCUCCCGGGUGGUGGUGGUGGCCAAGACCACCCGGUACGAGUUCGAGCAGCAGCGGUACCGUUACGCGGAGCUCUCGGAGGAGGACCUGAAGCAGCUGCUUGCACUGAAAGGCUCUAGCUACAGUGGACUGCUGGAACGACAUCAUAUUCACACCAAAAAUGUAGAGCAUAUUCUCGAUAGUUUACGGAACGAGGGUAUUGAGUUUCGUCUCGUAAAGAGGAGAGAAUAUGAUGAAGAGAGCGUUCAAUGGGCAGAUGCCAUCAUAGCUGCAGGAGGUGAUGGCACAAUGCUUCUGGCAGCAAGUAAAGUCUUAGACAGACUUAAGCCAGUUAUUGGAGUAAACACUGAUCCAGAACGGUCUGAGGGUCACUUAUGUCUUCCGGUUCGGUAUACACAUUCCUUCCCAGAAGCCUUACAGAAGUUCUAUCGUGGUGAAUUCAGGUGGCUAUGGCGGCAGCGAAUUAGGUUAUACCUUGAAGGGACUGGCAUAAACCCUGUUCCUGUGGACCUUCAUGAGCAACAGCUAAGUUUGAGUCAACAUAAUAGAGCCCUCGAUGUUGAGAGAGUUCAUGAUGAAAUGUCUGAGGCUUCAGGACCCCAACUCUUGCCAGUGAGAGCCCUUAAUGAAGUCUUCAUUGGGGAAAGUCUGUCCUCCAGAAUGUCUUAUUCUUGGGCUGUAGCAGUGGACAAUUUAAGAAGAAGUAUACCCACUCUAAAGGGACUGGCUUCCUACUAUGAGAUCUCAGUUGAUGAUGGUCCAUGGGAGAAACAGAAGAGUUCAGGGCUCAAUUUGUGUACUGGAACGGGUUCAAAGGCCUGGUCAUUUAAUAUUAAUAGGGUUGCAACUCAAGCUGUGGAAGAUGUCUUAAAUAUUGCAAAACGACAGGGAAAUUUAACUGUUCCAUUAAACAGAGAACUGGUAGAAAAAGUAACAAAUGAAUAUAAUGAAUCGCUGCUCUACAGUCCAGAAGAACCAAAAAUCCUUUUCAGUAUUCGAGAACCAAUAUCAAAUAGAGUUUUCUCCAGCAGUCGCCAGCGUUGUUACACCUCCAAGGUUUCUGUUCGUUCUCGGUGUUGGGAUGCCUGUAUGGUGGUGGACGGAGGAACUUCUUUUGAAUUCAAUGAUGGAGCAAUUGCUUCCAUGAUGAUCAAUAAAGAAGAUGAGCUUCGAACUGUGCUUCUAGAACAGUGACAGAUUUCCUUCGGUGACAUUUUGGAAAAAUGGAGAAAUACUUUUACUUUAGAAACAAUCAUCCACAAAGCUCCAACUUUUGGUUAUUGUUGAGACUGGUUUGCACUGGGUUCAAAGGUGACCAAGGAAGUAAGAUCUGCAUUAUUCUUCUGUGGAUGCUAAUGAAAACAUGUAUUCACCAUGUAAGAAAAGGAUGGACUAAACUGAUCAGAAUUGAUACCAGUGAAAUUUUUAUAUUGUUUACAAUUGGUAUGCAAGAGUGCUGGUAUCUUUUUUUAAAUUUAGAGGUAGGCCCAAAUAAAGGAUUAAAUGUUUAGGAUUUGAAAUUUAACUAUAUAAGUUUGUUUUUCCUUCCUUUUCAUUCCUCCUAACUUUGUGAAAUUGGUCAGUCCAAACACUUUAUCGUUUGACUAAUACCUAUUUUUAUAGUACUUAAGAAUCAAGAUUUUUAAAAAAAUUUAAUGAUGGAGAACUUUGAUAAUUCUCAACAUUGACCUAAGUGAAAUAAGUACAUGUUUUUUUUUAAUAUGUGCUAAGAAUUUUCUAAUUUAGAACAUAAUAAUAUUGUUGACUAUUUUGAUUUAAGGCUCAAUUACUUUUGAAAUUAUUUGUAGAAAUUUUCAUUAAAUUAGCUUUCAGGUUAAUUUUGACAAUUGCGUGAAGUAACAUCUUCGGACAAAAUCAUAAUGUUAUUACAAAUGUAUUAAUCUUCAGGUAGCUAUUUUUGACACAUAAUUUAAAAAAAUGAUUGAGUUUAAUAGAUUUCUUUUAUAUUCAGCUCUCCAACAUUCAAAGAAUAUUAAACUGAUUAGACAUUAUCUUAGGAGUUUGUUAUCACCUUCAAAAUUAUUUUCUUACAUUAGAAAUAUUGUCAGAAACGAAUUGUUUAGUAAAUAUGCAAAACUUUAGUUUUGGAAUUGCCUUACUAAGUUCAUCUUAAACACACACAUUAGCUUUUGCAGAUAAACUUUUAAUGUUUUUAUUUUUUGCCCAUUAUGAUAAUUUAUUUUUGGAGGAAAUUAUCUAAUUCUUGACCUACUUAAUCUUAGAAUUUCUACAAAAGCACCCGUUAUUGCAGCAUGAGAGUCAGAAUUCUCAUGUACUAUAUUCAGAUUUUUACCUGCUUUUUUUUGUACUUGCUUUAAAAAAUUUGUUCAGUCGUUGAAAUAUUUAUUGAAUGCCCUCUCUGUGCUAUGUACUGUGUCAGGUGCUGGAAAUAUGUUGAUGAAUGAAACAGAAUAUCUGAUAGAAUGUGAGUUCUGUGAGCACAGAAGUAAAUUCUGUGGUGUUUUGUUAACAUUUAACAUGUUCUUGUCAGAUUUUUUUUAUGUUACUGUACAACAUUAAUCUAGGUGUUAAUGUAUAUCCAGAACAGGAUUAUGUCUUUCUAAGAAUAUUUUUGUAGACACUCAUAACAAAGGAUUUACAUGUGUAUAAUUAAAAUUAGUGCUUUCUCAGAGCUGAAUCUAGUUUCUGGUCUGAUUUACAGACAAUAUUCUUAAGAUACCAUACAGUAUAGAAACUUCCUCUAAUAUAUGUCUAAAACCUUCUUGACAGAAAAAUUCCAUCUUUAAUAUAAGGAAAUCUGUCCCAAAUGGUACCAUAAAUCUGUUAAUAUAUCGCAUAUUGAAAGGUAACCUGCUGUGUAAAACUGUUCAUAAGCCAUACUUGAAAGGUUUAUAAAAUUACUUAAAUGUUUGCUUCAUUUGUAACAUAACUUCUAACAUUUCUGCUCUUUGGUGGGAAUUUAUAUGUAAGAAGUCAUAAGAAGCAAAGGAUGUUAGCAGAGCAAAUGUGUUCUUAUAAAUGAGUUAACCUUUCAAUGGCAACUGUAUGUGAAUAAAAUUAAACCACUGUUUUGCCUAUUUUUACUUCAUUUAUUAUCUUAACCCUUAUGGGAGUCAUUAUUUGAAGACUCUUUUCCUGAAUAUUUUCCUGAAAUGUUAUUUCAAAUGUCUUUCAAAUGUCUUUUUUCUUCUGCUGCCAUGCAUUAUUCUGUGCCCUGUUGAUUUCAUUUACUUCAUUUGACAUAAAAUCAUUUUCCCCCCUUUACUUAUUUUUUUAUUUCAUCACAGUUUCAGGCAUACAUUAUGUUAACACCAGUCCAUUCGCCAGUGCCCACUCCCCUCCCUCAGUGUUGCCCCCUCCACCUAUCUGCCUCCUACCCACCAGUCUGCAUCUCUGAGGGACACUUCUUAAAAUGUAUGUUUGUGCACUGUGGCUUCCAGACUGUUGUUGAUAAGGUUUCAUACAUAUCACUUUAUCACCUUUCAGCACCUCUUCCUCCCCAGUUGACUGCUUCUAUCCACCAUAGUUGUUGUCCCCUCCCUGUCUCCUAUUCCCCAGACCCCUCAAGAGACAUUUUCCUUCUGGAUACCAGGUCUCAUGUUCUUUGUUUCCACUGGCUUUGGGAAUUCAUUAUUUCCCCAUUAGGAAUCAUGAUUUCAUAUGUUGUCAAAGUGCUUACUUGGUAGUUAUAGAUGCCACAGAAUUUAGACCUAAUAUUUUUGAUGUUUCAUUUAUAAAGACUGUAGCACUGUAGCACUGUCAUCCCUUGCUCAUCAAUUUGCUCGAGCGGGCACCAGUAACAUCUCCAUUGUGAGACUUUUGGCAUAUGUUUUUGGCAAUUGAAUAUGCCACAGGGGGCUUGCCAGGCUAUGCCGUGCAGGUGGGAUACUACAUAAAGACUACAGUAAAUCAAAUCAUAAUACAUGCCUUCAAGUAUAAAGAAUUUCCAUUGAUUUUACUUUUCAAAAUAAAUAAGAAUACAAUAAGUAGAGUUAACACACAUUUUUCUGAAAAAAAAUUACUUGAGUUGAAAAUAAUUGUCAUAUAUAAAUUUCUGAUUUUUGGUUUUGGGACCAUACCAUCAGUGUUCAGGGGUCAUUCCUAGUAAUGUUCAGAGGACCAUGUGGGGUUAGGACCAUCCUAAGUAUAUAUUCAACCCACUGAGCAUUCUCGUUGCAGAUAUAAAGUUAUAGGCAUAUUUAUUGCUUCACAGUGAAAGCAAUAAAUUUAUAACUAAAUACUAAAAAAAAAUGUGCCAUAGUAUUAUAACAUAUGUAUCAUAGUAUUCAGAAAUGACAACUACCAAGAAACUUAGUUGUCCAAGGAAUAUCCCAUUAAUAUGACAGUAAGUGAUAUAAAGAAAAAGUUUCAUUAACUUUUCUACACCAGUAGAAGGUAUCAAGAGCAUUUGUGUGUGUCAUGAGCUUUACAUAUUUUAAGAAAAUAAAAGGAGAAAGUAAAUGAAAAUAUUUAAGUGUUAAUUUGAUUAUUUUAUAGUAGAUUUUAUAAGUUAUAGCUAAUUAUUUCUCCCUUUUGGGGGUCAGAGAUAGAGUAUAGCACAGAAGACACUUGCCCUGCAUACCACUGACUGGCUUUAAUCCCUGGUCCUUAGCUAUGGCCAGGAUUGAUCUCUGAGUAAGUGUGGUCCAAACUACACUUACUAUAGUUUCUCUCUUUUUAAACUCAAACGUCAGUACCAGUAAGUAAAUAAUAAAAUCAAAACUUGGGAUCAUAAAAAGACCACUUCAGGACAUUUGAACAAUGAAGUGUUAGACACAGGAAGACACAAUAGCUUUGA